CUCGAAAUUACCGUGGCCACAGGACGGGGGAAGGGAAGCUGAGAUUGGAGGGAGAAACAAUCAGAAACUAAGAUGUUAUAACCUCAUGGCAUCCCCUCCAUAAGAUUAAUCUACACGGACCCUCUCCAUCCAUAUUUUUAGUUUUUACUUUGCUCGGCUGUAGCUCAAACUUAUAACAAGAAAGGAAAUAACCAAACGGUAGCAGAAAGUGUUCCUGGUCUUGAGCUGUGUGCCAAGGUAAUGAAGAGUCUUGGGUAAGGAGAGCCCAGCCCUGAAAAGCAAUGUCAUUAUCUAGCUUUUGUGCGCCUCUGACGGGCCAAAGGAGCCAACCAAGUGGCCAAGGAGAUUUGUGGAGGAAAGGAAGCAAGGAGUUAUCUGAGGAGGCUGUGUAUUGAUGUAUAGCCAUUCCACCAAGGCAUUUUUGUAGAUAGAAAUUGACGCGUUCAAUCCAACACAGACAGUCAAGGUUGGAUUUUGGGUGGUUAAAAUAUACAGCUCAGUCAUUACUACUUCACAACAUGGAUUUUUGCCACAAGUGACAACUUCUGGUGCACACAAACUGGUGACUGUGGACCCUGGACUGUUGGGGUGUAGAAGAAAACAAGUCGAAAAGCAAAUGUGCACCACAACAACCAUGGUGGUCCUGUCAUCGGAUCUUUGGCCCAUCUCGCGCUAUGACUUCACUAGCCUCUAGAGGCCAGGAUCCAGAAUACAGUUGCCAGCCGCCGCACAUAUAUGCAAUGGAGGAAGACAUUGAUGUCACAUCUCAUAAGGAGGGUCUGAAUGGUUUGUCUCAUGAAUGCAAACCAGUAGAAGACAUAAAUGGGCACUCCAAUCAUAAACCGGUCAUGAAUGGAUUGAUAAUUGGUCAUAAUAACAAAGACCACACAAAUGGCAGUUCUCCAUUAACAUCUUUGCCAAUUUCAGCACUGAAGCAGAAUGGCCUUUUGCAGACCUUGGCAGCAGGAGGGAACCAACCCAAACCUGCAGAUGAAAAUGAGGAGCUGGAAAAGGCCAGGCAGGAGUGGGAAGCAGUUGAGAGCAUACAACCAGUGAUCUCUGAAGAUUCUACCCCAACUCCACUCAUCUCUUUUAACGAAGCACUGCAGUACUUCCAGACCACAGAUCUUGGGGAUGUAAUUAAGAACAUCCAGCCCACCAUUCGUAGAACUGGUCUGGCUGCCAUCACACACUUCCUCUUUGGCCCUCCACGAUUGCACCGAGAACUGCUGGAGGAGAGGGACCUGGUCUUUGCCAUUGCACAGUGCCCAGUGGACAACAGCCAACCCAUCCACAUGCGUGCCCUUCAAACUAUUUAUAAGAGACUAGUUGGCAGCAAGUUAGACUGUCCACGCUAUGGGGUGCACUGGGAGACCAUCGGGUUUCAGGGUACAGACCCAGCCACAGACCUGCGUGGCACUGGUUUCUUGGGUCUCAUGCAUAGUCUAUACUUUGUUAUGGACCCAGAAAUGCUACCACUUGCUAGAGACAUUUACAAGCUUUCACUACAUCCAACACAGAACUUUCCAUUCAGUGUGAUGUCGAUCAACAUGACCCGCAUCGCGCUGCAAGUUCUCAGAGAGGAAGCCCUGUCCAAGGAAUGCAAUCGACGUCAGCAGGUAGUGGGUGUGCUUAAUGAGUUCUAUGUUGCCACAUAUUUGCAUUUGUACCAGCUGUGGAAGACCCAGCAGAAGACCAUUGCUGACUCUGGAUUUGUACUCAAAGAAGUGGAGCUGUUUGCCAAAAAGAACCCCAAGCAGAUGCUGCGCCGACUAGAGGUCUUCCUGAAAGAGAGGCGGGCAGGUGGCAUCCCCCGUGGGAUAUCGCCAGACCCCCAGGCCCAGCAGUCCUCUCCCAGCCUGGGGGAGAGAGGGGCCCGUGGAGGACAUGGAAGCAGGGCCAAGGAGAUGCACUUCACAGGAGUGUGUGAUUUACCACCGGACAUGGAGGGAGAGGCCAGGCUGAUCUGAGAGACUGUGUGCGCUUGUGUGUCUGUGCGAGUGUGGCAGUCUUCUUUGUGAGUAUAUAUUAACGUAUUGUGUAAGUUGCUUCCUCUGUUACACAAAGACCAAGAAGUCCACCAGACCCUGAUCUGCGACCUGCUACCUGAACCUUUUAACAUGUCUGCUCCGUUCAUUGUUGCUGGGGUGCUGCACUUUGACUAAAUGUAGGAUCUUUAUCUCCGAUUAUAAGUUACAUUUUUAUAAACAGAGAUCUAACACCAGAUAUCAAGAGCUAUAGCAGGUCAGAAACACAAGAUGUCACAAAAAAGUGAAUGCUUGCACUUUUGUCGAUGUAGUAGCCAAAUUAUAAGCUGCCAAAUUCUUGUGGUUAAACUGUACCUGCCUAGAAGCCCAAAAUGUUUAUGUCCCUACAAUCUGUCACCCAGGGUUUGUGAGCAUUAACAGGCUUGGCCUUUGCUCCCAAUGGAGCAAGAGACCUGCCAUCAUGUAAACUCACAUGCAUUGUACGAUGUCAGGAAUAUAGUUUAAUACUUUAUUGUUGAAAAACAGUCUAGUGAUUUUGGACUGUAGUGAGUAUCUCCUGUAAUGCAGGAGGUGUCACAAUAAAAUCUUGAGCAGAAUCUUUGCAAGGCAGAAAGAGCUGCUGUUGCACACUACAAUAAGUAGGCACUAUUAAAAAUAUGAAAUAUAAUGUGGGCUUUGAAUGCAGCUUGCUUCUAAAGGUUCACUCAAAUAGCAUUAAUGAAGUAUAUUCAGGUGAAAGAUUUUGAAUAGACCCUUGUCAGAUGUUGAAAGUAUAGCUAGUGGUUGAUGUGUUCAGAGGUGUGUGUUGUGUGUUGCCGAGGUCUAAUUAGGUUAAUGCGUCCUACAAAGAUGGAUACAUUUUUUAAAUAAAUUUUUAAAAUGUGUCUUUUAGCCCUUUCUAUGGGGGUAAUAAAUGAAAGCACUUCAGAUCUUUAUUAAAUUGUUGAGAGACUAUGAAAAGACCUAGAGUUGUGCUAAUUAACAUCACAUCUCUUAUGUGAACGUCCAGCCUUUGGCUACAGCCAAUGAGAUGCUUCAUAUUAGUGUUUAGCUGGGCCUUGGUCUCAGCUCAAGGCCAAGUCUGGUAUGAGCUUUCUCUACAUUCCGUUAAAGCAUGUGAUUGUAUUUUUUUUUUUUUUAUAGUUAUAAACUUUAUUCCAGUGUGCGUGUGUGUGCGCGCGAUGCAAGGGGAGCUGAUAUUGAUGAAGGGUGCCUCUCUUCGGAGACGUAUGGUACAGUAUGCAAUCCCAGCUCUAACUCAACGAUAAUCAAAAACAAUGUGCUGUGUGACGAUAGAAAUCGUUCCUAACUUCAGGGUUUGUGUGAAUGUUUUUGUGAGCGUGUGUGUGACAGGAACUGACUACAGAUGGGGUGCUUUCCACUGCACACGCAUGAAGCCAGCUCUCCUAAAUACCUGAUGCACCAAGCUUAAAUAUUGGUACUUAAUAAGUGGUACAAUUGUUAAGAUAUUUUGGUCAGUUGAAAAUGAGUUUGUGGAUCUAGUUUUAAUAGAGCUGGGUCCUGAAGUGUACUGUUGUGAAAGCCAACAUUGUAGUCUCGAUCUGUAGCAUGUUCAGGUAGCACUAGUACUGUAGCAUCUUUAGCCUCCUCUGUGUAAAUGUUGAUGUCACGUCUCAGUUUGGGUCCGUAGUGUCAGUCCAAGUGCUAAAACUGUUACUACUAUAGCACAUCCAUUUCACCUGAACAUCAAGCCUUCAUAUAGUCACGUGUUGUUUGGGGGGCACAGAUGUUGAGCAGAUGUUUUAAUGAAAUGUGAGAUAUAGGUUUUACUUGAAUGGUUAGAAGAAGAUAACUGUGCCUACAUAGCCCUUGUAGGAUUGGUCGGGACAUUCUUUUUUCCUUUGAUUUGAGCCACCGUGCCACUUUAGAAACUCCAUAUUCACGCAAUCAAAUUUGGUGUUUCCCCUUUAAUGUGUGGGUUUAAGAAAUGUAUGCAUAAAUUAUAUAGGCAUGUAAAUCUAUUGUCAACUUAAGUGAACAUCUUUCCCAUCUUCCAUUUGCCAUCGUUUAACCUUUACAAAUGAGCUGAUGUAGUUUUGCUAAUUGUUUGCAAGUGUUUUGACUGAUCAGGAAACUUUGCACUGUUGUAGAUAUUUGAUAGUAUGUAUGUUGUAUGCAAGAGGAUACAGGCCAUUAUCGAUAGCCAUAAAGUUCAUUGCCAUCUCAUUAAACCUGGCUUUUUUUCCUCAUUUAAGAAGUUGGUAAUAUCACAGUUUAGUUUUGGUCAUGUUAAAAAUGAGGAGCAGUACAGUGUAUGUAAAUCAGGAAGUCUGUAUAUAAAAGAUUAAAUGAUUGUAACUGUAUGAUUGUGAGUAGGGCAUUAUACUGAAAUACAUUGCUUACCUCAAAACUUGAGACAAAUCUCUCCUUUCUCUCCUGACAUUGGUUUGAGAUAACCUGUGCUCUCUCAGACCUAAUACUUUUUAAUUUUUCUUGUACCUUGGCCUACUCGCAUAUUAAUUGGAUAUGUAAUGUAAUGUAUAUCCAACAAAGUGAGCACUACAUAAUAGCAAACUAACACAAAAGCUGAUCAAUGUUAAGUGUAUACUAUUUAAACCAACAUUUAUCAACACUACUAUAUAGGCUCACAUGCUAUAAUGCACAGCUGCAGAUAAAAUUAUGAGUUUUAAUUACAAAUAUUUUACAAUUGAUUGGCUCAUGUUAACCAUAUUGAAAUAAGCUGGUUUUCUUGUGGCUUUAGUGAUAGUACAGUACAUUUGCUGUGGUUAACUGUUUGGUGUCAGGAAAACACUCGACGAUCCAACUUUCUCAGUCACAAACAGUUUAUUGAUUGUAACGAUAUGGGCUUGAUUAGCUGUCAUGAAUUGCAUAUGCUUUGUUAUAUACUUAAGUAUCCAAACAAGGCCUGAUUUGUACUCUUAUAUUACCAAAAGUUAUAUUUUAAGCGGCCAUAAUAGAUCAUUUUAUUGCUUUGUUUAUUCUUUGAUACCUCCCCAAAUUGUGAAUCAAGAAAUACAGGGGGUAAAACGGGUUAGCAGGAUGUCAGAUGCUCUGAGAGGUGUGUGUGGUCUACUCGGGAUUACAAUCACUUCUCAAUAUCCUGCGCUUUAUAUGAAGAUGUUUUACUGUUGCCGUCAUCGUCAUGUCCCUCAGAGCAUUUUAUGACUGUACCUUGAUUGUAGAAGCCCUAUUUUAUACUGAGACUUAUUUCAGAAUACAGUAUGUGCUGUUGUACAUUCAAUGUAUUGUAAGGAGAAAGCUAAAUAAAUGCAGUUUAAAACAAA